CCCGUUCCUCGCCUGAUUCUCCCUCCACUUUCUUGCAGUUCAUUUACAAGAUCAUUUUCGCACCGUGCGCCCGCUGCAGUCCUUGAUGUAAAGCGGCACCCAUCUCUCUUUUUGAUACACAUGCUUGCCCUGCUGCACGCACAUAAUUAUCCGGUGGAAUGCUUCGCAAGCAGCGGAAGCGCAUCUCCUAUGUCCUUCCGCUCGCGAACGAUGCCGGCGGCCACAGAUUAGGCGUCAAUGGCCUGGCUGUAGAUCCUCAAAAUUCUAUCUUAUAUUCCGGCGGUCGCGACGGUGCAAUAUGCGCAUGGGAUCUCAACCUCGACCUCACUCCGUUGUCCGAAGGCCAGACAGCCUUUGCCAACGGUGAGGCGAAUGGCGCUAAAGUCCAGACGCCGCCGCCGCCUACUCGCUUCCGUCAGCAAGUGCAAGCGCACACCCACUGGAUAAAUGACAUUGUGCUCGCGCAGAACAACCAAGCCCUCGUGUCUGCGAGUUCGGAUAUCACGGUCAAGGUAUGGCGACCGCAUGCGCACGGCGUCUCGCGCCCACAAACCAUAGGCCUACACGAGGACUACGUUAAGACGCUGGCAAGCCCUGGAAGCGGCGCAGAUUGGGUGGCGUCGGGCGGGUUGGAUAGAAAGAUCUAUCUAUGGGAUCUGAAUGGUGCGGGCCAAAAGCUAAGAAUUAACGUCGGGGAGGAAGAGAAGGCGGAGAAAGGUUCUGUCUAUGCACUUGCAUGCACGCCUACCCUCGUUGCUGGAGGCGGGCCUGAGAGCAUAGUUCGCGUGUGGGAUCCCCGUUCAGGGCGACGAAUCACCAAGUUCGUUGGACACACGGACAAUAUUCGAGACAUUCUCAUAUCGCAGGAUGGCGACAUGGUUAUGACCGCAAGUUCAGACCAAACAGUCAAAGUAUGGUCCAUGACGGCGGGCCGGUGCAUGAACACGCUUACCAUGCACAAUGACAGUGUGUGGUCGUUGCAUUCAGAUCACCCGCGCCUGGCUGUCUUCUACUCCAGUGACCGAUCGGGUCUCGUUGCGAAGACAGAUACGAGGGGUUGUGAGGAGAUUGACGAAGGCGUGUCAGUCGCUGUGUGCCAGGAACACGAAGGCAUUAAUAAGAUCAUUCAUGCAGGAGACUACAUAUGGACUGCUACGUCAAGAUCGAGCAUUCAUCGAUGGCGGGACGUCGAUACAGAGGCCGAUUUGCAGGUGCCCGACGCGUACUCGAUGCACAGAGCCAGCGUUGCAACCAGCAAAUCACGGCUACCUUCAUCGCCUACGGCACCGACGCCACCGCCUCCACCAUCUAGUAGUUCGUCAAGCCAGAUUCCGUUCCAAGCUUUGCUCCGACUUUCGAAUGCGGCACCAUUCUACCUCCGCAGAGGAGAUUCGGUUUCUGCCGCACCGAGCAUACGAAAACCGUCUGAGCAGCUUCUCGAUUCCGAAGCUGGUGGAGUCGUUCCCGUACGCAGUCUCCCAGAUAACACCAUUGAAGGCCAACAUGGCCUGAUCAAACACAUGACGCUCAACGACCGGCGACGCGUCCUCACACUGGACACGAACAGUGAAGUCGUCCUUUGGGAUCUCAUACGAUGUGCACCAAUCAAAUCUUUCGGCAAACGUGACAUCGAGGAUGUCUUCAGGGAGAUUAAUCCCACAGAGGCAGUUCCACAUUGGUGUGCUGUCGACACACGGACAGGCAGUUUGACUUGCGUGCUCGAGGAGAACACGUGCUUCGAUGCGGAGAUGUAUGCUGAUGAGCUGAAGGAAGCGAAGCACAUAGACUUUAGAGAGGAUCAGCGGAUCAAUCUUGGGAAGUGGGUGCUACGGUACUUGUUUGACAAUUUAAUCGAUGAGGAGAUCAAACGAGAUGAAGCCUUCAGGUCUUCUUUGCUUGCUUCGAGAGCAAGUGACGCGGGUAAGCCCAGCGCUCCAGGUAAGAUCACUAUACCGCAGUCACAAAUGACAAGCUGGUACGAUGGCGCUGGCCCCCACUCUCUUGAGACACCAAGGCCAACUAAUGGACACCAUCUGGCCUCGGCAACGCCAGGUCUUGCGAUCGGUGUAGCUACACCAGCACCUAUAUCACUUCCACCUUUUGCCCCGGCAAGUGCUCAAGCGCCGUCUUUAGCCACCACAAACGAAGAAGGAGACUCUCUCAAUAGGACAAGCGCAAAUCCCACAGAUGCGCGAUCACCGGGCGUAAGCAGCCCAGCAGGCAACGACUACUUCUCUCAGCAGCCAAAUACAAGCUCGGCACCAGGCGUCACUCCUGGUGGCAUGAACACAGCAGACGGGUCCGACGUGCCACUUGGUUCGCCGGGAGUCGAGCCUACCACACCGGGCGAAAAGGCAAGCAUGUUUGGAAAGAAGAUGUGGAAAUCUUUCGGCAUGAAAGGCCUGAAGAAGACCACAACGAACGACGUCGCCAAACCCGCCACUGUCAUAGAAGAAUCCUCCUCCAAAUCGGAAGAUUCAGAAUCGCGGUCUAGCAAGGCCGAGGACGAACGUGUGAUCGAAGAUAAUUUUUACGGGCUACUGCAGCGAAUGCGCUUGGAUUAUGAGGCUCAGGUACAGGCGUACGAGAAGCGAGAAGUCGAGCCUGGGACGGAGAAGCCACCGCUAAAGCUGGAGAGUCACAUCACUCCCAGCUUGCCCAACGAUACACCCGUCCUCAAGAUACCACCAAACACCAUCAUACUUAUUCAAGAGGACCGCGUCGAUUCCGGUGGUGUUGCGGAUCUCUUCGAGGGUACUGUAGGCUCACUUGCGGCGUCGGCGGACCUUAUUGAGAAGGUGGCCCCGACGUGGCUGGCAGACGUUUUGCUUAAGAACACCAUCCCCCUCAAGGAGAUCGUCAAAGUCUCGUUCGUGUUAGAGCCGUGGCAAAACUCGCUGCCCCAGGUCUCAGCCGAGGGCCAGACACGGCUGAAUGCAAAUCGGAUGCUCAGGGCGAGGAAAAUCCUUUCUUACGUGGCUGAGAGGAUCGAGCCCGGUCCCACACCCACGGAGGCAGCCGAUCCAAAUAGACUGAAACCAGAGGAUUAUCUGGAGUUGUAUUGUCAAGAUAAGGUAAUCUCGCCCACGAUGACGUUGGCUACGGUGCGGGCCCAUGUCUGGCGCGGAGGCGGGGACGUUAUGUUGUACUACAAAGCGAACGGCCGAAAGGAGAUACGACAUGCGCAAUCCACUUCCUCGCAGUUUACUGCCCCCGUUGGCAGCCCUGGAUCACCUAGGCCGCGGGAACCUGCCCUGCCUACUCCACCAGCAUUACCGGCCAGUGUGCAAGCACAGCUUGCCGGCCAAACGCAAGAGCGAGACAAGUUGCCGACGGAUGCGCGGACGCCAAGCAUGAAUGGAAGCCACCGGAGCCAGAAGAGUGCAGGUAGCAAUGAAUUUGUACCGUCGCGGCCUAGUGUUGGCAGCAGGUACAGCGAGGAUACGAGGAGGCCACUUACAAGUGGAAGCGGUGGUGUCAAGAAGCCAGAGGGCAAUUGGACAUAAUUUCCACCUUUUUCCAGAGGUUUCCGAGAAUCAUUCUUUCUCUCUUUCUCUAACUCUCUCCAAGGGUAGAUUUUGACAAUGAUGCAAUAUUCUGUGUACAUAGACGUUGAAUGUCGAGGAUCUUGUGAGGUGAUGAUACAGUAAUGCUACAAGUGGGCAGAAAGUGUACUACCCUGUCUAAAUUCUAAUCCCCAUGCUUCCCAAAGAACAAAGCC